AUGUCGACCCCCGGUCGCCGAACCCACCAGGGAUGCUGGACCUGCAAAGCCCGCCGGCGAAAGUGUGAUCGUGCGCGCCCGACAUGUCAGGUUUGUGCUGAACGCGGAGUGGCAUGUGAGGGUUAUGAUGUUCGUCUCCGCUGGGGGACCGGAAUUGCCUCGCGAGGGAGAUUUACCGGCGCCGAUGCGCCUGCCGAGUCGUCAAUUCCGCCGAGGCUUCAAGGACGACAGAGAGAUCUGCUUCGGGAGAGGAAGCGGCAGUUGCAGGUAGCUGAUCAAGUGCGGAAACCUGGAUCUGACAUCUCAGCAGAGGGAACUGAGGAGUUGCUACUCAGCCCGUUACUAUCCAAGACUUGGAAGACGAAUCGUUAUGCAGAAUUGUUCAGUGACUUCCUCUCAUCUGGCAUCAAUGUCCUUCACUCCACGACUAUGCACGACGGUGAAAUACCACUCAAAGUCUCUAUACGUCCGGAUUUGAAGUCUCAAUUCUUCGAGUACUUUGACGCGGCCCUGAACAAGUUCCGUAGCGAGUUAGAUCAGAGCGAAGCCUAUUUAGAGGAUGGUACACUAACUGCUGGAUUGCUGUUGUGUACUAUUGGUAUUAUGCAAGGGAUACCGUGGACUAUGCAUCUCCGAGGGAUGUAUAACAUCCUACAGUCACACAGUGUGACACGGUCGCAUGAUCAGGUCUCUCCCUUUCGGGCCCAUUUGUUAGAGGUAAUGGGAAUCAUGGAUCUUCCGACAUUCGCGAUCGGUAGAAAACACCCAUAUCUAGGGUUCUGGCGGCAGUACUGUCGCAAUCGAUCGAUGCCGGACCCAUCUGAACAGUAUGAUGUAGAGGUCAUGAGUGGUUUACCGCGAUCUUUGGUGGACAUUUUCUCUUGUAUUUAUCAGGGCGCAACAGAACAAGAUUUCUGGGAUUGGCCCGGUUCCAGAGGGUGCUUUUUGCAGUGCCAGCUGUGGGAAGCAUAUCGACUGGCUGGGAUGUUGGUGAUCCGACAUGGUGCACUGCGACUGCCUUUUGAACUGGACGGUAACCCAGCACAGCGAGGACGAAGCCAAAGACAAUCAGCACUUCCAACAACGGCGGUGAUCAUCACGCGACUUCUCAGCUGCGUGGACGCUAUAUAUCGAGCGUCCUCAGAAGCAGAGGGAAGGGUUACACUGAUCAUCAAUGCCAUUCCCUAUCCUGUCUUCGUCGCUGGCCUUCAAACGGAUGCAUUGAAUAAGGACCCCGACUUAAGAGAAUUUAUCCGGAGGAUCCUGGUGGCAAUCGCAGAGGGACCUUUCUGGAACAAGCAAUAUCGACUACUGCUGGAAUUACUGGAAGAGUACUGGACCUAUCCUCAAAACACUAUUGGUAUACAUCAGAUUGCUCAGUCACGAGGAAUAGAACUUGGCCUAUUUUGA